AUUCUAUUUAAUGCUCAUUUCAAAAUGGCUGCCUAAACAUGUCUUCUUCAUCAAGCUUGAGCAGCAGUGAGUCUGAGGGAGAAAGGAGAGAGAAAAGGAGAAAAAGGAAAAGAAAAAUAGAAAAGGAUUCAUCUUUAAGUGAAGAGUCGUCUUCAAGUGAUGGAGGCCAGAGGGUAAUCUUGAAAAAGAAAAAGAGAAAGAAAGAAAAAGGCAAAGAUGAUUCUAGUUUCACGUCAUUUCAAGCAAAGAAAAAGAAAAAACAUUCUAAAAGUAGCAAGAGGCACAAUAAAGAGAAGCACAAGAAGUCAAAGAAGAAGAAGUCAAAAGACAACAAGUCUAACCUUGAUUGGUCCAAUGCCAUCCAACUAUCAGCUCCUCCUGUUCCUUCAGCUCCUCCUCCUCCAAUAGACACUACUCCUUUAAUAACUACUCAUCCACCUUUGAAACGUAGCUACGGUCCCAUGACUCAGUUUGAUUAUGUUAAACAACAAAGUGUCGUUAGAAGAGUUGUUGAUCCUGAAACUGGUAGGAGCAGGUUAGUGAAAGGCGAUGGUGAGAUUAUUGAGGAGAUUGUUAGUAGGGACAGGCACAAGGCAAUUAAUAAACUUGCAACACAGGGAGAUGGUCUCUCUUUUCAAACUGGUCUGAAGAAAUUAUAAUUUUAACUAAAACUUUAUCAAUAAUUUUGAUAUUAAAUAUGAUAUUCAUGACACCA